AUGACACCACCAUCCCAGCACACAGACCCUGUGAUCACACCACCAUCCCGGCACACAGACCCCGUGAUCACACCACCGUCCCAGCACACAGACCCUGUGAUCACACCACCAUCGCAGCACACAGACCCUGUGAUCACACCAUCAUCCCGCAACACAGACCCCGUAAUGACACCACCAUCCCAGCACACAGACCCUGGGAUCACACCACCAUCCCGGCACACAGACCCUGUGAUCACACCACCAUCCUGGCACACAGACCCAGUGAUCACACCACCAUCCCAGCACACAGACCCUGUGAUCACACCACCAUCCCGGCACACAGACCCUGUGAUCACACCACCAUCCCAGCACACAGACCCUAUGAUCACACCACCAUCCCGGCACACAGACCCUGUGAUCACACCACCAUCCCAGCACACAGACCCUGUGAUCACACCACCAUCCCAGCACACAGACCCUGUGAUCACACCACCAUCCCAGCACACAGACUCUGUGUUCACACCAUCAUCCCGGCACACAGAGCCUGUGAUCACACCACCAUCCCGGCACACAGACCCUGUGAUCACACCACCAUCCCAGCACACAGACCCUGUGAUCACACCACCAUCCCAGCACACAGACUCUGUGUUCACACCAUCAUCCCGGCACACAGAGCCUGUGAUCACACCACCAUCCCGGCACACAGACCCUGUGAUCACACCACCAUCCCAGCACACAGACCCUGUGAUCACACCACCAUCCCAGCACACAGACUCUGUGUUCACACCAUCAUCCCGGCACACAGAGCCUGUGAUCACACCACCAUCCCGGCACACAGACCCUGUGAUCACACCACCAUCCCAGCACACAGACCCUAUGAUCACACCACCAUCCCGGCACACAGACCCUGUGAUCACACCACCAUCCCAGCACACAGACCCUGUGAUCACACCACCAUCCCAGCACACAGACCCUGUGAUCACACCACCAUCCCAGCACACAGACUCUGUGUUCACACCAUCAUCCCGGCACACAGAGCCCGUGAUCACACCACCAUCCCAGCACACAGACCCUGUGAUCACACCACCGUCCCAGCACACAGACCCUGUGAUCACACCACCAUCCCAGCACACAGACCCUGUGAUCACACCACCAUUCCAGCACACAGACCCUGUGAUCACACCACCAUCCCAGCACACAGACUCUGUGUUCACACCAUCAUCCCGGCACACAGAGCCUGUGAUCACACCACCAUCCCGGCACACAGACCCCGUGAUCACACCACCAUCCCAGCACACAGACCCCGUGAUCACACCACCGUCCCAGCACAAAGACCCCGUGAUCACACCACCGUCCUGA